AUGGCUUGUGUUGUUGCUUUGGCUGCUGUUGUUGUGGCUUUUGCUAUUGCUAUGGCUGCUGUUGCUAUGGAGGCACUGCAAGGCUCGUCUAAGGACGCGGCUAGGGCGUCAGGGAAGAAGAAGGGGACGACUCUGUCCCAGCUGAAGAAGAGAGCUGUGCCAGCUGGCUCGGAGACUCCGAGUACCUUCAAGAAGCCAAAACCCCUACCCCGCCGUCUCGUGAAGAAAGACGAGUCGAAGGUUGCUGAGGGGGGAUGCCCUGAUGACGAUGAGAUGGGCGUGGACAAGCCGUCUCUGGUGGUGGACUUGGUGUCCAAAUCGAGGUCCGGUGGGCAUCCGGACGAGCUGGAGGACCCUCUUUCUGGAAUCCCGGCCGACGUCCGCUCUCAGAUACCUGCGGAGGUGGCCCGCCGAGCUAGGUCAUCGGGCGGUAAGUAUUAUUAUUCGAACGUCGUUCAGACGUAUCGAGCCUCCUCUGGCAGGUCUUCUUACUCUCCGCGUCAUCCUAAGGCCGUUGUUUUUCCUAUAGCCAAAGACAAAGGGAAGGAUGCAGCUGCUGCAGAGGACGAGAACGUACCUGCUACUCCCCACUAUUCGUCAAAGGAUAGGGUGGCUAUAUGCCGCAAGGUUUUUAAGGCCGUCCCCGCAGAGUAUGUUGCUUCUCUUCCUGGCCGCAAGACUGACGCCCAGUUUGGUGCGAUCCAGGCCACUCUUCUCGACUUGUUCUGCCGCAUGGAAUUCUGCAAGAGUUGGAAGACCCGCACUGCUGAGGAGCUCAAAGCUCAGGUGGCUGAGUCCACCCACCAUGGCGACUAUGCGUUCAAGUCCAUUGAAGAGGUCCGCCUGCAGAUGCAGACGACCAUAGACCUUCAAGCGAAGGAGGUAGCUGCGUUGAGAUCUGACAAGGCCGAGCUGCUUAAGAAGAUCUUGGCGCAGGACAAAGACAUGGUGGCAAUGGUCGAGGAGGCCAAGACAGCGGCGGCGGAAAUACGGACGCUUCAGGACCAGUUGCGGGAGUACCCUCAGGUCAAAGAGGCGGCUGAGGAAGCCGAGCAUCUUCGUGGGGAGCUGGAGACGGCCAGAUCGCAAGUUCGCACCUUGCGUGAGCGUCUUCUGGAAUCCUAUGAUCAGGGGGAACAAGCGACCAAGGACGCUGUUAAGCACGCCUGGGAGAGCCACAUGUCAGAGUAUGAUCUUGCGUGGUUCCAGCGGCGAAUGGAGCACAGUGCCGCUGUGUUGGCUGCUGAACGUCUUGGUCAGCCGCCCCCUGAGUUUGUAUCAUCUGAUGACGAGGACGAUGCGGCCGCUCCCUGA